GUCCUUUUUUUUAUUACCUCGUUUGCUUCGAUGUCCCAGAAGUACCGAGUAAUCGCGUACCCAGAAUUCCUUUUCCUUCCCUUCUUUUUUCCCGGACAAGAUUGAUCAGAGACGCAUUUCAGGCUGCACUGAAGGAGCUGUACCCUCCCCAGAACGAAGCUCGGUAGCUUUCUUGCGCAGACCCAGAUUCAGUUCGACAUCUGGUAUCUUGUAGUGCUUAGUUGAGUGGAUUGAUCUCGAUCAGUUCCGGUUGCUGGUCUCUGAGCUCUGGGGUAACUUUCAGGUGGGUAGAUUUGACUUUGCUUAUGCAGAGAUUGAGCUGCUUGUGCUUGAGAGUUGCCUUGUUCUUGGGGUGAGUGAUCCAUCAGAGGAUAUUUGAUUGGCGGUGGGCUGGUGGGUAGGAGGCCGUGCGUGAGCUGUAUGGGAUAUGUUCAGAGAUGAAAAUUAGAAGCGAGAAAUGGGGUGCGUGCUUGGUCGAGAGGUGUCCUCCGGCAUAGUCACAGAGUCUAAAGGACGGGAUACUUCCGAAGUCGAGACCAGCAAGAGGGAUGAUCCAGUCGUGAAGGUAGAGGGAGAGAGUAAAGUCGAGGAGGUUCAGACCGAUGAGACCCAGAAGAAAGAGAAGGUCGAAGAUGAUCAGCGGUCGCGCGAACAAAGGAGACGGUCGAGGCCAAGCACAAAGCUAGGCAACGUGCCUAAGCAUACUCGAGGAGAGCAGGUUGCAGCUGGAUGGCCCUCAUGGCUCUCAGACAUAUGCGGGGAGGCUCUCAGCGGUUGGAUUCCUCGAAAAGCGAACACAUUUGAGAAAAUUGACAAGAUUGGACAAGGGACAUACAGUAACGUGUACAAAGCCAAGGAUUUGUUGACUGGUAAAAUUGUUGCACUAAAAAAGGUCCGGUUUGACAACUUAGAACCUGAAAGUGUGAGGUUUAUGGCACGAGAAAUUCUCAUUCUGCGGCAUCUGGAUCAUCCCAAUGUUGUGAAGUUGGAGGGUUUAGUUACUUCACGAAUGUCCUGCAGCUUGUACCUGGUAUUUGAGUACAUGGAGCAUGAUUUGGCUGGAUUAGCAGCAAGUCCAGGAAUCAAAUUCACUGAGCCACAGGUCAAGUGUUACAUGCAUCAGCUGCUUUCCGGACUAGAGCACUGUCACAAUCGCCGUGUGCUGCACCGCGAUAUUAAAGGCUCAAAUCUACUGAUUGACAAUGGAGGAGUUCUUAAGAUUGGUGACUUUGGACUGGCUUCGUUCUAUGAUCCUGACCACAAGCAUCGGAUGACAAGUCGGGUGGUCACUCUGUGGUAUCGUCCACCUGAACUUCUCCUUGGGGCCAAUGAUUAUGGUGUGGGUAUAGACUUGUGGAGUGCUGGUUGUAUACUAGCCGAGUUGUUGGCGGGGAAGCCCAUCAUGCCUGGUCGAACAGAGGUAGAGCAACUCCAUAAGAUAUACAAAUUAUGCGGCUCACCUUCUGAAGAGUAUUGGAAGAAAUAUAAGUUGCCAAAUGCAACAUUGUUCAAGCCUCGAGAACCUUAUAGAAGAUGCAUCAGGGAAACAUUUAAAGACUUCCCACCAUCAUCUUUGCCACUUGUUGGAACUCUUCUGGCAAUUGAUCCAGCGGAACGCGGGACAGCCACUGAUGCGUUGCAAAGCGAAUUCUUCAGGACGGAGCCAUAUGCCUGUGAACCAUCUAGCCUCCCACAGUAUCCCCCCAGUAAGGAAAUGGAUGCUAAAAGACGUGACGAUGAAGCUCGACGGUUGAGAGCCGCUAGCAAAGCACAAGCAGAUGGUGCAAGGAAAGAGCGGACACGCGAUCGACGUGUCAGGGCUGUCCCUGCUCCAGAAGCCAAUGCGGAGCUUCAACAUAACAUUGACAGAAGACGACUCAUUUCCCAUGCGAAUGCUAAGAGCAAAAGUGAAAAGUUCCCUCCGCCACAUCAGGAUGGAGCACUCGGCUUCCCAUUGGGAGCUUCUCAUCGUUUUGAUCCAUCUGUCGUUCCUCCCGAUGUCCCAUUCACCUCUUCUUCAUUUACUUCUUCAAAAGAGCAGGAUCAAACUUGGUCAGGCCCGCUGGUCGACCCUCCUGGUGCUCCAAGGCGAAAGAAGCACAGUGCAGGUGGACCACGAGAGUCUUCGAAAUUAUCUAUAGGAGCCAAUAAAGGGAGAAGACCAGAUAAUCAUCUGAGAGCAUAUGAAAGCAAAAGCAUAGCUUAAACCAUCAAUUUCGAGGGUAAAGUAUCACUCAGUUUUUAUUAUCCAUGUCGAUGUUUAUUUUUUUGUCCCCAUGGAGGAUUUAGAUUUUUGCCGCUACCGGUUUUUGGUUUGUUGGGAUGGUCAGUCGAUGUUGGUGCUGUAAAUUUUUGCUUCACUGGCUUCUUGGUACCAAGUACUCCAUAUUUUUUACACUAUGAAGAAGUGAAAUAAGUAUUGACAGCCUGAGUGCUCUACUCUUCUC